GUCUGUUCCUGUGUCACGUGAUCUCAGGAAACAAACAUGGCUCCGCGAAAGUGAGGGACUGAUCCGCGAGGUUGGCUGUUAUACAAAUGAGAGGAGGAAGAGCGUGAGCACGAUUUCUUCAGAAGCAGCACCACGAUGCCUUUGAGGAAACGGAUUAACAGAGAAAAUGCUGGAGUUUUGGGUGAAAGUCAACAACGAGGAGCGAGUGACACUCAGGAAGAUGAUGAUGAAGUGCAAUGCCCAGCAGCUGCAGCGAGGGAAAUGCGAAGAAGGGAGAGGCAACUCAUGUCAAAGCCCAAAGAGAUGACGGAGGAGGAGAUGAUGGACCUGGCUCUGCGUCUGAGUGAACAGGAGGCAAACAUCAGAGCGCAGAGGAUUCAGGAGGAAGAUGCCGCAGUGAAGAAGGCCAUCCAGGACAGUAUGAUCAGUGAGUCUCAGAGCCUGAUAGAUGAUGCUCCUGUCUGCGCUGCCCCUCGGCGUAAACUGGUUUAUUCAAACGGAAACUCACAGCCAGAGACCACAGACAGCAGCACUCAAGAGGGGAGAGGUCAAAGGGCAACUGGUCACAUGUCCAGGACCAGGAAACGCAGGCGAGCAGUGGGCAGUCCUCUGAUGGAGAUGCCCGAUCUGUCCCAAACACAGCCCUCUCCCAGCAGCCCAGAGUCCGUGCCUCUAGGGUCUCCUCAGAGUUGUGACUCCACUCAGAUCGAAGACUGUGAACUCCCCAAAUCUCCGGUCUUCCCCUCGUCCUCUUCAGGUCUGCUCCGAGUCCAGGCCAUGGUCCACGUCCCCAAACUGGACCAGAACCUGCUGGACGCCUGCACUGCUUCAGGCUUUGUCCUCUGCUCUCAGGACAGCAGCUUGCCCUCCCAGAACUUCCACUCCCAUCAACUCACACGGAGCCCCACCUUCCACAAAAGCCCCGGCCUCUGUUCCACUAACCCCACACCCAAAUCCACAAAUACGCAUCCACAAACCGAGAUUGUAGAUUUGGACGAUGACACACCACCUGCUCCAAGCUCUCCACCGUGUAAAAGUCCCGUUUUGGGGCAAACAGACUUGAAAAGUGCCUUAAAAUCAGAAACGAGUGAAGCUACAGCCCUCGUAUUCUCUUCUCAGGGAAGUUCUUUGUCAUUUAUUUCAGAAAAAGAUGUCAGUUUGAUCAAAAGUCCAGUGUUUUCAAAGACACAGCGAGGACGGGAGAGAGAGGAGGAGAGCGGGUGUAAAAGUCCAGUGUUUGGGACAAAUAAACUGAGAGAAAAGGCUUCUGAAGAUGAAGCUGAAGAUACAAAUGCAGAAGAGAGACAGGACACGCUGAAUCUGUCUGAGAGGGAGCCCACCUGUGACAUGACGCUGCACUGGUCUGAUGAGGACGAGGACAACGCCAUGCCUGUGGUCUCCCCAAGUCCAGUGUUUCCAGAAGAAAAAUGUGAGAGCCACCAAACUGAGAGGGAAGCCGAGGAAUCUGCUCCAACACAAAAUGACAGCAGAGCUGCUGGUGCUCGUUCUCAGUCUGCUACCCUGUCUCAGUCUGCUGUCCCCGGUGUCUCUGGAGGCUCCACAGGCCAGGACACGGUGCAUUAUUACUGGGGAGUGCCCUUCUGCCCCCGAGGCCUGGACCCCAACCUCUACACCAAGGUGAUCGUGGCCCAGAUGGAGGUGUAUGAGAAGAGUCUGAAGCAGGCUCAGAGGGGUCUGCUCCACAAACUGGAGUGGGGAGGGCCUGUACUGCCACAACCUGAGAAAUCCCCCUCACCUGAACCUAAUUCACCUCAGAUUCAUCUCCCCACAAGACGCUCUCGGAGACAGAAAGGCAAACUAAAGGAGCACGAAUCCAACGAUGAGCUGGAGGAGGUGGGGGAGGAAACAGAGAGUCAGAGGGAGGAAGAGGAGGAGGAGGGAGAGGAGGAGGGAGACAAGAGCGCUGGUGAGGAGAGGGAGAAGGAGACCAGGAUUAAGGAGACAGAAGAGGAAGAGCCGAAUGAGAAGCAAGCACUUUUUCAUCUGAAAGACGACGAGACACAGGUGGAGUCGGACUGUGAGGUUUGUCCAGAAACUCAGCUCAGUGACAAUGACCUCACUCAGGAGCUGACUUUGCCUUCUCAGCCUGCGGCCGUCAGCCCUGAGAUUGAAACGGUCCAAGUGGAUUCUCCAAUUGUGGUAGAACAAGCGGAGCACGAGGAAUCAAUGGAGACGGGUCCAGAGUCACAAGAGGGACCAAAAGAAUCACCAGAGCAGCUCCACUUCAAACCUGCAGACGUGGAUUUGGACCGUCCCUCUUGUGACUCUCAGUCCAGAGAGGAACCAGGACCACAGAGAUCCGAGUCCCCAGACCUGGACUCAGACCUGGCCCCUGGUCCAGAGGGUCCGGUCCAGUGCCCCAUCUGCCAGCGAGCCUUCCCCUCGGACCAGAUCGAGAUGCACGCUGCCUUCUGCGAUGGAGAGCCUUCAGUGGAGGACCGAGCGUCACUGAAACUGAGGAGGAAAAGGACGAGACGAGGAGAAGCAGAGGACUCAGAUGACACAGAGCCCAGUGGAGCUCAGGAGAAGUGCUAUGUGUGUGGCAGGGCGAUCCCCAUCCGAGAGUACAGCCUUCACACAGAGAUGUGCUUCCAGCGCAGACCGCCCCGAGCAGCAGCUACUGGAGGACUGCUGUCGGCUUUGGACCAAUCAGAACACAAAGAUUCAGAGGCUGGACCUUCUGGAUUCAAUGUGCAGCCACAAGAAGUGAUCAACCUGAUAGACGAUGAGGAGGACUCCAUGUCUUUGAUCCAAGUCAGUCACUCUCCCAUUCGCUCGUUCACCUCCAUCUCCGAGGCCCAGGACUGCCUCAUAGACUUCAGAACGCAGUACCGCGGCAAGAGACCCAGGCCUAGACCGGGGACCAAACCAGGGACUAAACCAGGGACUAAGCGGAGGUGAGGAGGACUGUCACACAUGAACUAUUUGCCCAUUGAUCCUGAUUUCAGCUCCCACAGAUGGGCGCCGUUGUUGUGUCCUUGGGCAAAGCACUUAACCCACCUGUCCCCAGUGUCUGCGUACACUGGUGUAUGAAUGUGUGCGUGUGAAUGGGUGAACGGUUCCUUGAUGUAAAGCGCUUCGAGCCUUGAAGGUGGAAAAGCGCCGUAUAAAAAUGUGACUAUUUACCAACUACGGCCUCUAAGAUUUCCACAACGGUUUAUAGACUUUUCACUUUGUUUCCCACAGUUAAAAUGGUUGAUCCUGCUACCUCAAAGUGUAACUCCAAAGCUCCAUUCAGACUUUCACACUUAAUUAAAAGCAUAACUUUAAAUAGUCUUUUAAAAAGCACAAAGAAAGACUUAAUUCAUAAUGAACAAAUAGUUUAUUAAGAAUGAUUCAGGCUUAGUAUCAUGCAGAAUUCACCUUAUGGAACUUUCUACCGUCAUAUCACGUUUUUCUCUCAUCAAAAACCUGCCUGAAGAGGUUGUAGACGUCACCCAUGCAUGUUUGAGUAAUCUAGCGAUCUCUCAUGGGCCCUAUUCACGGUUGGCUGUAGGAUUCUGUCCAAAGCUCCGCCCACAGCCUUCCCACAUGACAAGUUUUCAUAAAUGUGCUAAAGCUGGAUACAAAACAGUGCUGAUUGUGUUGUGACAGCGCUCUGAAGGGGGAGUGGUUUAGUGAGGAGAGCAAAGGGAGAGCGAAUAUAGCAUUUUCAAAGCAAUAAAAGGUAACACGAUGAUUAAAUAUGUUAUGUGUAAGCAAAGAAUACGCUGUAGAAGUAGUUACUAAGCUUAAAUUAUUCUAAACAAACUAUUUCAUCAUUUUGAAUUAAGUCUUUGUUCAUGCUUUAUUAAGGCUAAUUAAAGGUGCAUUGUGUAACUUUUCUUUUAAUUGGAGAAUAAGUCUGAGUUCACAAGUUACUUAUGUUUUAUUCAUGACCAUAGCGUUAGUUUUUCUCAGGAGUAGUUCACUAAUGCAUCGUCGUUGUUCACCUUUACGUUUUCGUCUUUCUUACCUUGAUAGUUGUGGAUAAAUUCUUCAUGGACAGAAUAUUUCCUUUGUCGACCUUGUUGGUUGAAGAUUUGGUGAUGGGGCAGAUUUAUGAAGCUGGUGGAAAAUACGCGAGACAUUUUCAUAGAUAUUUUGCCAUAGAAAAGCUUUAACUGACCCUACAACACGGCACUUUUGGCUGUUGUGAAGUGAAAAAGGUCUGUUUUGGUCCUGUCACUGUGUCUUUCAUGUUGUAAAUGAACCAUGCUUUGUGUAUGUAUAUGAAUGUGCACUGAACCAGUCCCUGCCCAUACUCACAUAAAGUAUAUUGAGUACACAA